AUGAGUAUGGAAAAGAAACAGAUGGAAUCAAAUUUCCUUAUUGAUUUCUUAAUGGGUGGUGUCUCCGCAGCAAUCGCAAAGACUGCUGCUUCACCAAUUGAAAGAGUCAAAUUGUUGAUUCAAAAUCAAGAUGAAAUGAUUAAACAAGGUUCUCUUGAUCAUAGAUACAACGGUAUUGUUGAUUGUUUUAGAAGAACUGCUAAAUCUGAAGGUAUCAUCGCAUUUUGGAGAGGUAACACUGCUAAUGUCAUCAGAUAUUUCCCUACGCAAGCUUUGAAUUUUGCAUUCAAAGAUAAAAUUAAAGCAAUGUUUGGGUUCAAGAAGGAAGAAGGUUACGGUAAGUGGUUUGCAGGUAAUUUAGCAUCCGGUGGUCUUGCUGGUGGUCUUUCUUUAAUGUUUGUCUAUUCUUUAGAUUAUGCAAGAACAAGACUGGCUGCAGACGCCAAAUCUACUAAGACUGGUGGUUCAAGACAGUUUAAUGGGUUAAUCGAUGUUUAUAAGAAGACUUUGAAAUCUGAUGGUGUGGCAGGUCUAUACAGAGGUUUCUUACCAUCUGUCGCUGGUAUCAUUGUCUACAGAGGUCUAUAUUUCGGUCUUUAUGAUUCCACGAAGCCAUUACUAUUGACUGGUUCCUUGGAAGGCUCCUUUUUGGCUUCUUUCUUAUUGGGUUGGGCUGUCACUACUGGUGCAUCAACUUGUUCAUACCCAUUAGAUACAGUUAGAAGAAGAAUGAUGAUGACUUCAGGUCAAGCUGUUAAAUACAAUGGUGCAUUCGACUGUUGCAGACAAAUUGUAGCUGCGGAAGGUGUCAAAUCGUUAUUUAAAGGUUGUGGUGCUAAUAUCUUAAGAGGUGUCGCAGGUGCAGGUGUUAUCUCAUUAUAUGAUCAAUUACAAAUGAUCUUAUUCGGUAAAAAGUUUAAAUAG